AUGGAAGGGGAGCACAACAAGGCGGAAGCGGCGCAGAAGGUGGAGGAAGAGCAGCGCGCGGGCGAGGAAGAGCAACCGCAGCGCGAGUGUGCGGUGUGCCUCGAGAAGUUCGGCGCCGACGCCCUCCUGUCCUCCCACGCCUGCGACCACGCUCUCUGCAAGACCUGCUGGGAGAAGUACUUGGCCACCGAGUUCGACGAGAAGAGGAAGGGCUUCCUUGACAUUGUGUGUCCCUACCCCAAGUGCGGUCAACGUCUCUCCGACGAAGACUGGCGCAAGUGUGCGUCGGCCAAGACCUUGGAGAACUACGAGGCCGUGUGGAAGACGGUGCCCGAGAAAGCCACCUGCUUCCAGGACUUCAACUACGCCUACGACGACCAUGGCGUCCUCCGCAACACCAUCAACGGCGACAAGUUUCACUGGGUCAACCAAAUGCACUACGACGCGCUCGGCGACUUUAUCGUGGAGCACAUCCAGAACCUGCUGAAGAAGGAGCACAACAUGGAGGAGGUGAUCCUGCCCCUCGACGUGGACAACCCGGACGUGCCCCGCACCAACAUCUUCCUCACGCCGGGCGCCCUCCAGGCCGAAAAGCUCAUCCUCCUCAUCCAGGGCUCCGGCGCCGUCCGGCCGGGCCAGUGGGCGCGUGCGUUGUGCAUCAACGACUCGCUGGAGGUGGGUACCAUCUUCCCGUACCUGCGCAAGUGCGCCGAGCGGGGCUGGGGCGUGGUGGUGUUCAACCCCAACCAGAACGCCGGGACCAAGCCGGGCGCCGACGACGACGAGGCCUGGUUCAAGACCCGCGAGGCCUUCCUCUCCACGGCCAAGGUCAUGCGCCCCAUCAAGCACCUCAUCAAGAUCCCCGGCAGUGAGACGCCGUCGAAGCACACGACCUACGUGUGGGACCACUUCUGCGCCAAGGCCGCGGCCUCCCGCGUUGCGAUCAUCGCACACUCGGCCGGCGGCAUCUGCACGAUGGACCUCCUCCGCGAAAGGGGGGAGGAGGUGAUGCCCCGCUGCGUGGGCGUGGCCUUCACGGAUUCCGUGCACUGGGUGUCCGGCCGCGACCCCGUCCCCGUGCGCCAGUUCAUCAAGAAGAACGCCGUCAACUGGGUCAAGUCCAACAAGCCGCUCGACGCCCCGGAGCGUGGCUCGGGAGAGGAUGGUUGCCCGUGCGUAUCUGCCGGUCACCCCAAGCACGAAUGGACCAGCGGCUGCUGCGUGGAGUCUGUGUUCAAGUUCUUGGACGACAAGUUCGAGGCUGCCCAGCAGUAG